UCGAUUCGUUCAACGUCCGAGGAUUAAUUUUGGGUUUGGAAGAGCAGACAUGAGUAUUCUCAGAUGGAAUUGCAGAGGGCUCGGUAAUACAGUAACAUUGCAGGUCUUGGCGGAUAUUGUUCAUCAACAAUCUGCAGUCGUGAUCUUUUUUAUGGAAAUGAAAUUGCGGAGAUCAAGAAUUGAGGAUUUGUUUCGUCCACUUGGCUUUCACAGGAGCUUUGUGCGAGAUAGUGAUGGGUGUGGUGGUGGUCUCGCUUUGGGAUGGAAGGAAUAUGUAUGUAUAGACAUAAUUAGCUCAUGUAAUCACUAUAUUGACGCUAAAAUCUGUUUGCAGACAGUUGGCCAGGAGUGGAGGAUGACUGACUUCUAUGGAUACCCAGAAAGCAGUCGGCGGCGAGAAGCUUGGGCACUACUUAGGAGUCUGGAAGGAAUCAAUCCACUUCCGUGGAUGGUGGUAGGCGAUUUUAACGAUAUCAUGUACACGGGUGAAAAGAAGGGGAGAGUACCUCCUGCUUUGUGGAGAAUUGUGGGUUUUCGGGAAGCUGUGAUGGACUGCGGAUUGAGAAAUUUCCCUUUUGAAGGCUACCAAUGGACUUGUGAGAGAGGCCGGGGCACGCAGGCUUGGGUCGAGGAAAAGCCCGACGGAGUGUUGGUUAAGGAUGACUGGCUGGAGAUGUUCGAGGCAGAAAGGGCGCGAUCAGUUGAAGCCCCUGCUAGUCACCAUCUUGCUCUAUGUGUCAAGGCUGUACAAGCUGAGGCAUGCUUUGGCAGAAAAUUUUUCAAAUUGGAAAACAACUGGAUCAAGGAAGAAGAAUGCAGGACGAUUGUGGAUAGAAGCUGGCGAACAAGAGAGGGAUUGGAAUUGUGUUCCAGAAUUGCUUUUUGCGGGAGGAAAUUGCAUCGGUGGGGCUGCAACAGAGUCUGAGGAUUCUGAGCCUAGAUUGAAGGCUGCAAGAGGAGAUUAGAAUGGCUGCGUAACAAAACUGAUGACCGGAGCUAUCUGGAAUUUGCGCAUGUCCGCGGUAAUUUGCUGGUGCUAUUGGAGAAAGAAAACACUUACUGGAGACAAAGGGCGAAAGAGUUCUGACUUCGGGAGGGAGAUGUUAAUUCUAAUUUUUUUCACAAUUCUGUUAAGCAGAGGAGAAGAAAAAACAAAAUGGUGGGAUUAAAUAAUGAUGACGACAAUUGGACAAUAGAUCGUGGAGCACUUGCAGCGAUGAUCCUGGACUACUUUUCUAAUCUAUUUGAGGAAGGGGAUCAACAUGCAGCAAAUUUUGAAGGAAGAUUUGGGGGUAUUACCCGAGAACAGAAUAGAAGAUUAAUGAGUCAGGUUAAUCCGGAGGAGGUUAAAGCAGCUAUUUUUUAUAUGCACCCGGAGAAAGCACCACUGCACCAGGACCGAACGAUAUGAAUCCGGUUUUUUUCAGGCUUAUUGGAACAUUGUAGGGUCUGAUAUAGUUAAACUUUGUCAUGGUAUUUUUGAAUCUGGGAAGUUGCUGAAAGAGCUAAAUAUUAUUAGUUUAGUUCUAAUUCCUAAAAAAGAGAAACCUGAAGGGAUGGGGGAUUGGAGGCCAAUUGCAUUAUGCAAUGUGGUGUAUAAAGCUACAAGGGGUUUUUGGAUGGUUUGGUUGGAGAAAAUCAGAGUGCGCUUAUACCUGAAAGAUCCAUAGUGGACAAUAUUAUGGUGACUUUUGAAACACAACACUUUAUAAAGCGUAAGAGUAAGGGGAAAGAGGGCUAUGUGGCUCUGAAGUUAGACAUGAGUAAGGCAUAUGACCGGGUGAGUUGGUCUUUUCUACGGUUCAUAAUGACUCGUGUAGGCUUUGAUAAACGGUGGGUGGACAUAGUUAUGGAGUGUGUUUCAACAAUGUCAUACUUUGUUCAGUUUGAUAGAGAACUAUUGUGACCCAUUGUUCUAGGUAGGCGAUUACAACAAGGAGACCCAUUAUCACCAUAUCUAUUUAUUUUAAUAGCUGAUGGGUUGAGUGUUUUGCUCCGUUUGGCAGAAAGUAGAGAACAUAUCCACAGGGCAGCGAUUUGUAGAGGUGCUCCUACAGUAUCUCACCUCCUGUUUGCGGAUGAUAGCUUCCUAUUUUUCAAGGCAAGGCUAAGGGAUUGUGAAAGUAUUCGGGCGAUGUUAAAUCAUUAUGAGUAGGUUUCAGGCCAAGUGGUUAAUUUUGCAAAAUCAAGCAUAUCGUUUAGUCCGAAUGUGGAGGAGCCUGUGCGAUUAAUGCUGCGCAAUUGUAUAGGCGUUGCUUAGGAGGGUGGUCAACCGAGGUACUUAGGGCUGCCAGCGCUAAUUGGGAAGAGUAAGAGGGCGAUUCUGGAGUAUUUACGGAAGAGGGUGGUUAGUCGUAUCAAAAGGUGGAAUAAUAACUUUUUAUUCAGAGCAGGAAGGGCAGUACUCUUAAAAACUGUCAUCCAAUCAAUACCCAUUAAUGUUAUGAAUGUUUUCCUUCUUCCUAAGGAAUUAUGUGAGGAAAUCAAGAGGUUGAUGAACGGUUUUUGGUGGAAUGGAACACAAUUGAAUCAGAAAGGUCUCAGGUGGAAAGCUUGGAGCGCGAUGUGCUACUCUAAAGAGGAAGGAAGACUGGUAGCAAAGCAAGCUUGGAGACUACUCGUGGAUUCUAAGAGUCUGGUUAGUCAGAUUUAUAAGGCAUAAUAUUUCCCGAAUUCAUCUUUUUUAGGAGCUGGGGUGGGAAAUAAUCCUUCAUAUAUAUGGAGGAGCAUUCUGGAGGCUCAAAAUGUUAUAUCAGGAAAUAUGAAAUGGCGGGUAGGUAAUGGCCGGGAGGUCCAAGUCUGGGGGAUGCUUAGUUUCCGGGACCUGGGGUGUGACGUAUUAAUUCUGCAAAACCGACACGUGUUAGAGAUUUGAAUGUUGCAACUUUGAUAGGUGAAGAUGGGAAGAGUUGGAAUGAGGGGAGAGUCAGGAGUUUAUUCACAACGGAGGAGAGCAGGAGAAUAUUGAACAUACCUAUUAGUGUGUUUGAUAAGGAGGAUAGUUUUUGGUGGAAUGGGGAGAAGGAUGGUCGGUUUUCAGUCAAAAGUUGUUAUAAAUUGUUGACGGGGCCCAUAAAUCAGACAAUGUGGAACGGAUGAAGUAAGAUGUGGAAAUUAAAUGUACCACCAAAAAUAAAGUACUAUUUCAGGAAAGUAUUGGAAGGAUGUCUUCCCACGGCAACAAAGAUGCGGAGUAGAGGAGUGGCAAUCCAGGUAGAGUGCAAGUUGUGCAAUGCGGGGGAGGAAACAAUAGAUCAUGUGCUUCACCUCUGUCCGGAAGCGCAAAAGGUUUGGGAUUUAGUUGGUGUUAAUACGAGCAGUUGAACUCCGAGUUUGGUAAGCUGGAUUGAGGAAUAUUUGGAAGGAAAAGAUGAUGACAAUUGAAGUAUUUUUUAAUAUAACUGUGGAGUCUGUGGAAACGGUGGAAUGAUCUAGUUUGGAAGAAUAUUAAGCAUGGGUGAGAGGUGUUCGAAGAUGUGCGGAAGCUACAUUACAAGGAUGGGGGGAGGCCCAAAUAAAGGGAGGAGAGCCAAGUCAGCCGGUACCAAAGGCAGAGGAAAAACGGAGGAGGCCAGAGCCGGGUUGGAUUAAAGUUAAUGUGGAUGUUGCAGUUAAUGACGGUGGAGGAAAGCGGGCGUGGGGAUGGAUAGGGAGAAAUCCCCAAGGAGAAGUACUAGGGGCUGACUCAUUAGAAGUGGAAGCAGAUUGGUCUCCGACAGAAACGAAAGCGAGAGGAAUACAGGAAGCAUUUAUUGGAGCACUUAGGAAGGGUUGGAGACAGGUGGAAUUGGAAUCAGUUGCACUUCAAGUAGUUCAGGUGGCUCAAGCAGAAGAAGAACAGACAUAAUUGGGUUUGGUUGUGGAUGACAUUAGGAAUUUGCUUAAAGAAAACGACAAAGGUCUUCAAAUCGGGUUGCUCAUGCUUUAGCUACCGUUUUAAGUAUAGAUCAUAGGAUUUUUCAAGAGUCUUUGCCUUUGAUUGUAAUGAGCCAAGUGGCUAAUGAUUUACUAAUUUAAUUGAAAGGCUAGUUUACUAUAAAA